AUGGCUGUUGAUACGGCCAGCGUGGCAGGUAUAGUAGCCGGAAGAAAUCCACUGGAGUAUGAUCCUAAGUCUCCCUAUACUUUGUUUCUUUUUCAGGUUUUGGUUAUUGUUGUACUUUCUGAACUCUUGUAUUACCCUUUAUCGAAGAUUAAACAGCCCAAGGUCAUCGCUGAGGUCAUUGUUGGCAUCCUUUUGGGACCCUCAGUGAUGGGUCGAGUGCCCAACUUUACGGAUACUGUUUUUCCUGAGGAGAGCAUGCCUUCAUUCACAUUAGUAGCUAACAUUGCGAUUAUUUUGUUUCUCUUUCUGGUGGGAUUGGAAGUAGACGUUCCGUUUAUUAAAAAGAAUUUCAAGAUAGCUGUUACUGUUGGGGUGAUAAACAUGGCUAUUCCUUUUGCUUUAGGCUGCGGUAUUGCUAAAGGUCUAUACAAUGAGUAUUUAGGUCCUGAGGAGUCCGAUUUAUCAUUUACAACUUACAUGGUUUUCAUUGCUGUUGCCAUGUGUGUCACUGCCUUUCCAGUAUUGGUAAGAAUAUUGAUGUCAUUAGAGUUAACGAAAGAUCGGGUUGGUAUUAUCACACUGUCUGCUGGUGUCCUCAAUGAUUUACUGGGUUGGAUUUUACUUGCCUUAAGUAUAACUCUGGUUAAUGCUUCCAAUCCGGUAAACACUGUCUACAUUUUGCUGUUGGCUGUUGCCUGGUUCAUUUUGGUACUUUUCCCCAUACGAUACGUGCUGUGUUGGUUAUUGAAGUCUGAUAUUGCUAGAAUUAAGUCUGGUGAACGAUCGAAGCCUUCAACUUUAUCACUGACGGUGAUAGUAUUAUUGACGUUCGUGUCAUCCUUCUAUACUGACAUUAUUGGAGUUCAUUCCAUAUUUGGUGCUUUUCUGAUUGGACUGAUUGUACCUAGAGAAGCCGAAUUUUCUUCUCUGAUAAAUGAGCAGCUGGAGGGCAUCGUUAGUGGGAUUCUAGUUCCUCUUUACUUCACAUUAGCGGGACUUAAGUGUGAUUUUGGUCUGUUGAACACGGGAAUUGAUUGGGCCUAUACGAUUGGAAUAAUCUGCUUGGCGUUUGCAGGAAAACUUCUAGGGGGCUUUGUUGGAACUAAACUGUUUGGUCUUCCCAAUAGGGAUUGCCUUACUGUUGGAAUUCUCAUGUCGUGCAAAGGGAUCAUGGAAAUUGUCGUUCUCACAACAGGUUUAAAUGCUGGUCUCCUUACUCCUAAGGUAUUUUCUAUCUUUAUUGUAAUGACUUUGGUCACCACCUUCUUAACCACUCCACUAACAAAGUUGGCGUAUCCAAAGUGGUAUAGAGAAAAAAUAGCAGGAACAUCUAUCAAUGAAAGUAUCAAAGAAAGUGCAUCCAUCUCUGAAAUUAAAGAAUACAAAGGUACCGAGGAAGCUCUGUUUGAGACGGCAGAUCCUUUAGCCCCCUCAAGCUCUUCAGCUCUGGGCCAUUAA